UCUCUCUCUCUCCCACACACACACACACACACACACACACACCAGCCAACCACAGGUCAGCAGCUCAGACAGACACCUUAUUCCUCUCCAGCUGGAAAGAGCAGAGUGUUGCAAGGUGCACACACACACACACACACACACACACACACACACACACACACACACACACACACACACACACACACACACACACACACACACACACACACACACACAUAUAUAGUUUUUCCACGCUCACACACGUGCACAUCUACGCACAUGCCAGGACUUUAUCUGUGAAGCUGAAAGACGUCCGCGCAAGAGGAGACAGAAGGAGCACCAAAAUAGGAACUUAUUGCUUUUAAAAGUGGAUUCAUUAAAUUAUCGCAUGUUGUGAAAGGAGAAGACAAACACAAUCAAGAGGACACACGAUGACGAAGAUGUCACAUAACCGACCGGAACACCUCGAGGGAGGCCCUCACUCAGUCCAGGUCUCCUAAAGUGCAGGCUGGACGUCGGUGGCAUCCAGAGGAUCUCCGCUUCCUCUCCUUCUCUCUUCAGGACUCCCACCCUCUUGUCAUCUCGCCACUGAGGCAUCUCCCAAUCACCAGCAUGCCUAGAGCUUGCACAAGGUGCACCUUGGGAGUCUGACCCACCAUGUGCAGAUGGACGCCGCUCGUAGCUCAUCUUUCUGCCGAGCCUGCGAUUUGCACUGCUCCAGUUCCAGCCUCUUCUAGGCGACUUCCUGCCUCCUUUUACCUGAUAUGCUUCAUCCUGCUGAUGGUCAACGCCAGCACCGCCACAGGGGCCUGCCCUCCUGGGGGAGGUCAUAAACCCCUUCAGAUCCUGUCAGGUGGCAUCAACUGUUCAUGGACUUUGGAGAGACACACUCGCAGUUACAAUCAUCUUGAGGGCGAUGUCCGACUACGGCGACUUUACUCCGCCAAUAAAUUCUUCCUCUGCAUUGACAAAACAGGAAAAGUGGAUGGCACCCGGCGGAAAAACUACGCUGACAGUUUGAUGGAAAUCCGAUCUGUCAGUGUGGGAGUUGUUGCCAUCAAAUCUGUCAGCACUGGGCUGUACUUAGCCAUGUCUAAGAAAGGCACACUCUUCGGAUCGGUGAAAUACAACCCAAGCUGCAAGUUCAAGGAGCGUAUUGAGGAGAAUGGCUACAACACAUAUGCCUCCCUCCGCUGGAAGUAUGGUGGCAGGCAGAUGUUCGUUUCUCUGAAUGGGCGGGGAAAACCGCGACGAGGUCAUAAGGCUCGAAGAAGACACCCGUCCACUCAUUUCCUGCCCAUGCUCCCCUCGUAGCUGCCCAAGUGUGAACUGGCUGACUCUCAUCGUGCUUGUGUUGAAUGCCACUAUUAUUCCAUCCUCAUGUUGCAUAAAUGUACAUUUUUGGGGGUUUGUAAGUAACAUUUGUAGAGUUAGUAUAUGUACUUUUAAAUUAUUUUCUGUUUUUUGAUGAUGUCCAGUAAUACAAUCACGUAAAGGACAGUUAUACAAUCCUCAGAAAUCUGCGGCCACAGUAUCUGAGUGUGCAUGUGAAUUACAGUAUAAACACUUAGAUCUCAGAUACUUUACAGGAUUUUCAGCUGUUUUGAAGUAACUUCAAGAAACUGUAUGAAGAACAAAGAGACUUGGCAACAACAAAUGUGGGAUACCUGGUUGUCAUAGUCAUUAUUCCCAAUCUUCAUCUCCAUUAGCAGAGACGUAUCAGAUACCAAAUGUUAUAUUUGUCAAGCUGAUAUAAUAUCACUGCUACAUAUCGACUGUUCUUUGGGAUAUUCAGACACACCUGGAUAAAAGACACUGAACUGCACCCUGAAGGUGAAAAUCCAAGUGGACUCCAAAUGCUCCAUUCUCACAAAUAGUGGAAUUUCACCUCACAGCUCCUGCUUUAGAUGUCCAGAUCAGAAACCGUGCAUACCUAGAAAUGAUGAAUAAUGAUUCCACUUAGAGGCUGUAGGAACGCCAGGUGUUAUUCCCAUAGCUGCAACUUCAAUUAAAUUAGCAUAUUGUAGUAAAUGUUUAUCACAUGUAUUUUCCCGUCUCUGUUAAGUCUUGCUAACAUUAUCUCAACAAGGCUGUUGCUAAUAGAACAUUUAAUAUAUUUAAAAUAUUUUGUACUCCUUAACUGUUUGUUGAUGUUCAUUAUUGUUGUUGUUGACUCUUGGUGGAUUGUAGACUUGCAGUAAAAAAG